AGAGGGCGCACGAGCAACAUCAUAGUAAACAUUGCGUGAAAGCGCGUGUUGGGGUUCGUGCUAUUAUCGUGUAAAUUUGUGAUCGGUCCUGCAGGGCGAUGGAAACCGUGGUGCCGGUCGUUGUGGCCGAGUCCGCCGCCGUCGAAGGCAUGGAAGGCGCGAGCAGUAAAAAACCGCCGCAGAAGAGAAAAAAGCCGGCCUCAUCCCCGGUCGCUGGUCAGCCGCCUGGAACGCCCACACCAGCCUCUACGAAAAUGAAAGCGCAAAUGAUCAACGAGAUCAUGGAGGAAAUGAAUGAAAAACUGGGUACAGAAGAAGAUGGCAAAACCGAUCAGCCUGCCAAGAAGAAACAAAAGAAUAAACAUACCACCAACGCUACGGACAUGGUGGUUACUUCUCCCGCCGGAAGUGGUGUUAGCGAUGGUGGAAAGAAGCAGAAGAAACCCGCCAAGCAGGUGCGCUUUCAGAUCAAACUGUAUCCAACGAAGACGUCACAACCGCAGGCCACCUCAGCGGCCGCGAUAGCAAAGAAAAAGAAGGCCAAACAACAGACGACUCCCAAGGCGCAACCAAAGGGCGAGCAAAGCGGUGGUACCAAAGGGCAGAGGCAGCAGCAGAAUGGUGCAACGGACGCUAAGAAACCUCCUACUAAGCGAAACCGCUCCAAAGCGAACGCCUCAAAACCGGCCACACCGGCCUCGAACGGUGCUGCGCAAGCAGGAGGAGAGUAUGUGUUGCCUCCGCCAACGAGCAAUUUCACGCCCAUCAAAAUUAAGCAGGAGCCAAAAACACCCCAAGGCAAGCUGCAACGGCCAGCCGCCUCGACACCGGUCCUGCCGGCGGGAAUGCCAAAUGAGCUAGACAGUGUGACGAUCGGCCGGCAUACGUUCGGCUGGCUCAUCGGACCGAUCACUGUAGAGGAGUUCAUGGGUAGCUACUGGGAGCGGAAGCCGCUGCUGGUUCAGCGCAACGACCGGCAAUACUACGCCGGCCUGCUGUCGCGCGCCAUGAUCGACGAGAUGCUGCGCACCAACAACGUCGAGUACACGAAGAACAUCGACAUCACGUCGUACGUGGGCGGGCAGCGCGAGACGCACAACCCGGAUGGGCGCGUCCUCCCGCCCGACAUGUGGCACUUCUACGGCGAAGGCUGCAGCGUGCGCAUGCUCAACCCGCAGACCUACCUGCGCUCGAUCUACGAGCUGAACGUGAAGCUGCAGGAGUACUUCCACUGCAUGACCGGGGCCAACUUCUACCUAACGCCACCAAACAGUCAGGGCUUCGCGCCACACUACGACGACAUCGAGGCGUUCGUACUACAGGUUGAGGGUCGCAAGCGAUGGCGCUUGUACCCGGCCCGCCAGCCGCAAGAAACGUUGGCGCGCGUAUCGUCGGAAAACCUGAGCGAGGAGGAACUGGCUACGCCACUGCUGGACGUGGUGCUUGAGGCGGGCGAUUUGCUGUACUUUCCGCGUGGCUGCAUCCACCAGGCGGCCACCGUUCCGGGCGCUCACUCGCUGCACGUGACGCUAAGCGUGUACCAGCGCAACUGCUGGGCGGACCUAUUCGAGCAGAUGCUCCCGCUGGCGCUGGCCAGCGCCGCCGAGGAGAACCAGCAGCUGCGCGAAGGAUUACCGCUCGAUCUGCAUCACCACUUCGGUAUCGUUCACUCGGACGAGGUGACCACCGAGCGACGUCGACUGAUCGUGCGCAUUCGGGCCAUGUUCGACAAGCUGUUCUCCGAUACGGCGAUUGAUGCGGCCGUCGAUCAGCUGGCCAAGCGUUUCCAGCACGAUGCCCUGCCACCGCUGGUCGACUACACCGAGUGGAACGACACGGUUUACGGCGCAGGAAACUACGAGUUCCGUCCGGACGGAACGGUGGAGUGCGUGCGGCCGAUCGAGGAGCAGUCGUCGGUGCGGCUGCUGCGUCGCAACAUCCUGCGGCUGGUGAGCGAGGAGGACAAGCUGCGUAUCUACUACCACACGGACAAUUCGCGCGAGUACCACCAGUACGAGGCGAAUUUUCUCGAGCUCGACCACGAAACGGCGCUCGGGGUGGAGCUGCUAAUCAAGAUGUACCCGCGGUACAUUCCCGUGGCCAGCCUACCAGUCGAAGAUCGGCUCGAGUUCAUCCGUAGCCUGUGGGAGAAGGGCUUGAUCGUGUGCCGGAGGCCGGCAGCGACUGCAGCGGCAACUGAUGAAGUUUCUUCGCCAUAGUAACCCGUUAAGAUCCGUCAAUUCAAUUGUCCGUUCUCUUUCAAUUGUGAACCGAAGAUAUUCCAAGGAAAGACACAAAACAAAACAAAUUAGUAGGC